CAACAGGGUAUAAAAGGCAGAGGAGAUACCAGCUUCACCACACAGACAAGAUGAACUUCAAGCUGUUUGGUCUUCUGCUACUGGUGGUCGCUGCCGCUGAGGCAGAGUGGCAGUGUUCAGCCUUCCAGUGUGCUGGUGAGGACCUGUGUAUCCCCACCCGCUACCUCUGUGACGGAGAAAACGACUGUAUCGACGGAAGUGAUGAGGCUGAUUGUACGUCGUGCCCCGAGGGCUUCUACCAGUGCCAGGACAGCACCGUGUGCAUCGUCGAGCACUACCUCUGUGACGGCUAUUAUGACUGUGACUUGGGCGACGACGAAGAUUCCUGCUCCACCGCGGCACCUGUGUGUUCCGAGGACCAGUACCAGUGCUUCGAGGGCUCCUGCAUCGACAAGCAGUUCCUCUGUGACGGCAUUGUUGACUGCUACAUGAGCGACGACGAGCUGGAGUGCAGUGAGUGCAACGAAGGCUUCCUGUGUCCGGAUGGUCGGUGUAUCGUGGACAUGUUCGUGUGUGACGACUUCGAGGACUGUCACCGUGGCGAGGACGAGAAAGACUGCCCUUGCACACCAACCGACUUCGUUUGUGCCAAUGGCGACUGUAUCCCAGCAAACUAUCACUGUGAUGGCUACAUAGAUUGCUUUGAGGCUACCGAUGAGGAGAAUUGUGACGCGACAGAAGCACCGCGUGCCUCCAGGCCCCUCCGCCGCAGGACCCGCAGCCAGAACCACCUCCUCCGCAAGCUGGAAACUUUCAACAGGAAGAAGUAACUCUCCUGACACCAGCGCCCUCACCUCGUCUGUCUUUCUAUAUGGCGUCUCUCCUGACACCAGCGCCCUCACCUCUGCCAUCUUCUUUAAGGGCGUCGACUCUUAUAACUCAUUCAUGAACCAAUAACACCUAUAAAGCAUUCUAAGGCGUUACCCGGCCACCAGUUCAUCACCAGAAUUAGCUCCAACUCAGAGUAUUGACAAAUAUAACCAACACUUACGGAACAGCCAGGAUGAAAUGGCUAUAUGGGCCUUCAGACAACAAAGACAAACAGCUUCACAGACCAGGCAGUUACCACCAAAGACUGGCCCAAAGCCAGACUGUAAGAAUGAAAGAGCUAUUGAAAUCAUCCAUAGGAAAAAAUCAAGAGCCAUGAGACCGAAAAGUGCAUAGUACUUCUCGUUGCAUGUACACCGAGUUCAUUUUAGUGUUGGACUGUGUCCGGGACUAAUAAAAUACAACGCAAGACCCGCUGUAAUUUGUGUAAUAUUUUACUCUGUGAUAUAAAGAAAUUACAAAA